GGGUGAAAAUGUCCAGAUAUCCCAGCAGCAAUGUUGCUGCUGCCCUCUGUCUUCAUCUCUGUGUCUGUUGGAUGAACUUCAGGACUUCAGCCUGUGCUGAGUUCUGUGGAGAUGCCGCGGUCUGUCCUUCCUCCUCCUCCUCCUGGUUCUCUUCCUCCUCCUCCUCUUCCUCCUCCUGCUCCUCUUUAUUGUGCAACUAAAUCCGUGGCGGAUGUCCCUUUAACAGGCAGAGGCAGCCAGCAGCAGAGAGGAAGCAGCACUCUCCUCCUUCAAACUGACCAGCGCGUCUUUCUGGCUUCUUCCGGCCGGCGCGGACCAGAGCAUCCAGUCUGCAGCUCUCCCCCACAAGCGGUGCUGAGGAGCUGCAAGUAAGCAGAAAAAGAGACCAUGUUCCCGCCACAGAUCACAGCCACAGUGAGCUCUGCGUGUGUUUGAGGACAGGAGUCUCCCCUCUGGCCCGUUCAGUCCGCUCGCUGUCCAGAACCAAAAGCACCAAACAGCUGACACCACAGACAGCCAUGGCCUUCACUCUGUCGGAAAUCAUGGCGGCAAGGCGGCAGCAGUCCCAGGCCCAGUCACACACUCAGAGAGGCAGCAGGGCAGCUGUGGAGGUAGAUGAGUACAGCACCAACCCCACACAGGCCUUCACCUUCUACAACAUCAACCAGGGCCGCUUCCAGCCACCGCAUGUACACAUGGUGGACCCGAUGCCCCACGACACUCCCAAACCUCCAGGUUACACACGCUUUGUGUGUAUUUCAGACACUCAUUCACGCACAGAUGCCAUCCAGAUGCCGUACGGAGACGUGUUCAUUCACGCCGGAGACUUCACCGAGCUUGGGCUGCCCUCUGAGGUCAAAAAGUUCAAUGACUGGCUAGGUACUCUGCCCUACGACAUCAAAAUAGUGAUUGCUGGAAACCAUGAGUUGACCUUUGACCAGGAGUUCAUGGCAGACCUCAUCAAACAGGACUUCUACUACUUCCCAUCAGCCUCCAAGCUGAAGCCUGAGAAUUAUGAGAACGUCCAGUCGCUGCUCACCAACUGCAUCUACCUGCAGGACUCUGAGGUCACUGUGCGAGGCUUCAGGAUCUAUGGCUCUCCAUGGCAACCAUGGUACUACGGCUGGGGCUUCAACUUGCCGCGAGGUCAGGCUCUUCUCGACAAAUGGAACCAGAUUCCAGACAACACGGACAUCCUGGUCACACAUUGCCCCCCACUGGGUUUCCUGGACUGGGUUCCUAAGAAGAUGCAGCGUGUUGGAUGCAUGGAACUGCUCAACACAGUCCAGAGGAGAGUCCAGCCCAAAUUGCAUGUGUUUGGACACAUCCAUGAAGGUUAUGGCAUGAUGACAGACGGCACCACAACGUUCAUCAAUGCCUCAGCUUGCACGGUGAACUUCCUGCCCAUGAACCCACCUAUCGUCUUCGACCUUCCCAACCCCAGGACCACAUGACUGCAGACGGCUGGAGCCCAGACCCUAGCCAUCCGCCAGGAGAAAGGAGCCCAAAGAGGAAGUUGAGUGUGAAGGACUGGACAAAUGGCGGUGUGUAAAUAUAAUACUGGUGUGUGUUUCACAGAGUGCCAUAGUGGCAGACUGAUGCUUCCUCAGGCUUUCACCAGUAUUCCAUGUGCCAUAACUACUUCUUCAUGUUAACACUAGGCUUGAAAAGCAGAUGCAUGGACUCAUGGAGAGAAAUGCAGACAAUUUGUAACAUUUCUGUGUCCUUGCUGCACUGACAAUCUGAUGCUGCUGUCGGAGACAAAAGAGACUUCAUUGUCAGUUCAUUAAAAUGAACAGUGAAACAGUCCAACUCCUCAUGUGCACCAGAGCCUUGGCUGAGCAGCGACGGAACGUUUGCCAAGAGGAUUUCACACCACUCUUCCUACUUUUCAACUUUAAUUUCCCAUGUCUUUCCCAGUCCCCUGCACACACACAGACUGUCCUGUCUCCCCUUUUAUGCCUCUGCUUCCUCUCGUCUCCUUAUGGCCAAAGCAUGCUGGAAUGUGUUUUCUGUGUUUUUUUUUCUUUUUUCCCAUUGGCAUGUUUGCACAUGCAAGAUAUCAAUGGAAGUGUACAAGGGCAGCGAGAGGUCUCUGCCACAGGCUGACAGUAUGUUGGGGUGUCAGAUGUGUCGACACUAACUCUCUGGGGCUCAUUACAGCCUCAGGUGAUUCUCUUAACCAGCUGAAAGGCAGAAACAGGGUGUAUUCCCCCCCCCCCGUACCACAGCUCCCCCAUCCUCUUCACCCCUCCCGCUGUGACUAGCUCAGAAUUUAGCUGGUGCUGUCUGAAAGCUGAAAGGGACCACCAUUAAACCUGAAGGUGCUACACGCUAACACUGCUGUCCAUUCAAGACAAGCAACGCUGGAACACCAGAAACAGCGGCUGGUGUUUCAGACUCCUCAGUUACUAUGUUUGUAGGAGGACUGGACAAUCUAGUUUUUUCAGUCAGGACAGGAGAGCUGUAACAAUACACUGUAACCGAUAUUUGUAAAGUUCCUCCCUCAGAAUAAAGAAGAUCUUGAAGCUCUUAAAUGCUGUUGCAAUGCUAUGCUUUUUCAUUGAAAAAAAAAAAGUAAACAAUUGUGGUUGUACAUUUUCUUUUGGUCUAUUUCUUAGCAAUGUAAAUGCUUACUGUGGUAUUUAUUCUUUUUGUUUAGCUGUAUGUAUUGAUGAACUCUUUAAUGUCUUUUGUAUUUUUAAAAAAAAGUAGAUGCAAAUUUGUAAAGUUGUUUGGAUUUUUUCAAGGUUCUAUCUUGUCUAAAUAUGCUGAGCAUAAUAAGACCAGGUCACUCUACGAUCUGUCUGCACUCCAA